AUGAGCGCCGGUCCUGGUUCGGGUCCGGGUUCGGGCUUCGGUAAAGCGCUGGUCAUCAUCACCGGGGCGUCGCGAGGCUUCGGCCGGGCUCUGGCUCUCUCCUUGGCGCCUCGUCUGGCCCCGGGCUCGGUUCUGGUGCUCUCGGCCCGCUCGGAGGACCUGCUCCUGGAGCUGAAGCGGGAUCUGGGCCGCGGGGACCCCGGCAUCACGGUCCGGUGUGUGGUCGCGGAUCUCGGGUGUAAAGCGGGCGUGGAGAGACUCAUCGCCGAGACCCGAGACUGCGCGACCGAUCCCGGGAUCCAGACUCUAUUGCUCGCCAAUAACGCCGCUUCUCUCGGGGACGUGUCUCGGCGCUGUCGGGACUUCACGGAUGUGUGUGAGGUGGACUCGUACCUGUCGCUGAACGUGAGCUCGGCGCUGUGUGUGACGGCGGGGGUCCUGCGCUCGGUGCCGGGCCGGUCGGGUCUGACCCGGGUCGUGCUGAACGUCAGUUCUCUGUGUGCGCUGAGGCCCUUCCCCUCCUGGGUCCUGUACUGCAGCGGGAAGGCGGCCCGAGACAUGAUGUUCCGCGUGCUGGCCGAGGAGGAGCCGGACCUCAGGGUCCUCAACUACGCCCCAGGGCCCCUGGACACGGACAUGCAGCUCCAGGCGAGGAGCAGCUCUGCUGACGACGCUCUCAGGAACACGUUUAGCGUCAUGCAUGCUAGCGGCCAGCUCCUGACCUGUGAUCAGUCCGUCAGCAAGCUCGUGACGGUCCUGCUGGAGGACACGUACCCCUCGGGAGCUCACCUCGACUACUACGACCUCUAGCGUUCA